CGCGUAGAUGCGCGAUACGGCAAGCUUUCCCUUGCCAUUAUUAAAGCGUACAGAACAUACGCGAGAAAGCACAGCGACAACAGUAGCACAUUAGACUCGCCAUUGUUGUGGACGCCAAAGUGUCCGAGUGGGCCGAUGGAAACAAUGUCAAAGUCCUUGCCCGACCCUUUACUGCUUGCUUUUUUCACGCAAGCGAAGACGGAAUUGCAAAACUGCAAAGUCAGCGGAGCAAGUCGGAUGGCGGAAAUUCGCGCCGUCCUUCUUGCUAACCAAAGCGCAUGUCUCGGAACUGUCCUAAAUCAAUACAAUAGGCAAAAUGGUACAUCUUUCACCGUCGACCAAAUACAAGCGCAGCUAAAGUCUCUCCGGGCGGAGACUGUGUCUUUGCAGGUAAAAUUGAAAUUGGAUGAGAUGAAUGAAACCGCUCGAUUGGCCUUUUGUCGGCUUGUGCUUUACUCGGAAUCUUCCCAGCAUCAAGACCGGAGCCUCCGGGACCAAAUGCAGCUGGAGGCGUCGCAGCCAAUGCAGCGAGACGAGAUAAUGGAAUUUUGUGCACUCUGUAAUACGGCGUUGCGCUUACCCAAUGUCCGAUUACACUUGGAAAAGGGUAAGUCGCUAUUCGAUGAUGGAGAAUUUCCACCGGUACCGAUUGAUCCGCCCAAACGCAUUGAAUUGAUCCAGCGAAUGUUUUUCCGAGCUUUGGGUUACGAUCCAGAUCACGGCAUGGCGGAAAUCGAGCGAAUCUUCUUUUCCGAGCGCUCCAGCGAAUUUGGCGACGAUAAGGAACUGAUGGCCGUCUUUGCCGAUAUGUUAUCCAAAACGAAAGUUGUUGUGACCAAUGCGACUUUAAUUGCUACUGAGGCGGCUUUUUCGGAUCAUGACGAUGGUGGAUGCACUCGAGUUGUCUCGGUGCAGUAUUCAGAGAAAGUGAUUGAUUCUUUGACUGGUCAGUAUGUUGAUGAGGCUGAACGCAUAGCUCCCUCUAGUCUAGCCAUGGAGCAACAAACAGAGUCUCAACAGCGUCAGCAAUUGCGUGUGGCAUCGCAAGCGGCCGCUUUACAACAAGAACUACUUGGGCAACUCUUAUCUAUGCCAGAUGAAGAACGCGAAGAACGAAUGUCGUUGGCCAAGGAAGCUUCAGACGAGUUUACACGAAAAAUACUGGCUAUUUCUCCAGGUCCAGACCGUAUAGUAUUUCUGCAGUCAGUUGAUGAGCGAACACAGAAAGAGUUGGCGAUGCUAAAGCUUUGGGAGAAUAUGUUGGCGUCAAACGAAGGCAAGCCACCAACUAUUCGGAAAGAGCUUGACACGCGCGCUCACUGA